GGUGACAACAAAAAACUUUAAUAAAACCCAUCCCAUACAUAUAAAUAAAAUUAAAAGUGAGUGCCUUUGGAAGCGACUUUUACUUUUUGAAUUGUUUAUUUUUUAAAAUUUCCUAAUUUUGACCUUAAUUUGUUGUGAAAUACUCGAAAGGUUUAUUGAUAAUAUGAAAAUGAAAAAAUUAUUCAAAAAGUUCUAAAUUUAUUAUAUGAUGGUUAAUUCAAUCUUAAAUAUUUUAAUUUAUUUAAAUUUAAUUAUAAAUUUAUUGACAAUUUCUCAAUAUAAUCAUUCUCGACCAAUUUUAAUCACAAAUUGUUAACUAUUGUCGACAUUGACAUAAAUGAUUUUUACAAUUUUUUUUUUUUUGUACUUUUUUGUAUUUUUCUUUUUUUUUUCCUUUCUUUCCUAUACUCAUUAUUCAUUUGGGAAGAUGAGGAUUUGAAGGCAAAGGUGGUGACAAGGGAGGCUGCAUCGAAUUGUGCAAAAGAAUCAAAAACUGUCUCAAAUCGGACCAAACUAGCUUAUGGUUGCCAUGAGAUCGGUCUAGUUUCUAGUUUCAAUUUAUAAGAAUAGGUGAGUGCCGUUCCAGUUCUUAAGUCGUGAAUCUACCACACCAGAUGGAUGGAUUUGGGAAAAAAAUUAGGCACGACUUCAAGUCCCAGCCUGGACCGGAUGAUCAUGGUGGUGUCACCUUUCAUAAAUUUAUCAGCAAAAAUGGCCCAUCAAUUUCUUCUGCUUCACUAUCCGAUGGCCGAUAAAGUCCAGGCGAUUAUCUAUCAAUUAACGAGAAAUUGUACCUUAUUAUAGCAAGAAAAAUGCUGUCUUAAUCAUCCUCUAAUGCGCAUCUUUUACUAUCGAUUAAUUCGCAGGCAUCAAAGAGGUGAAAAGGGCUUGCUGCGGCGACCGAAGGGCGAACGUGGAGUCUGGAUGCUUGCCGACGGCCUGAGCGUGCCGAAACCGGGAGGAGUACCUGUUCUGAGACUACUUCCAUCCAGCUCAGGCUGCUUCUGAGCCGGCCACGGUCACUCUCUUUGCCGGCUCGCCACCUCGUGACCCUCCGGCGAUUUCAGCUCCGUCGCACAAGUUUACGCCCGGUUAAAUGAAUCUCCACAUUUCUGCCGAUUUAAUCAUCUAAAGCGAGUCGAGCGCGUACGAGAUGGUCCGGAUCUGUCGGUUUGCUCAAAGACUAUCGAAAAUCCCAAGACGUGAUAUCAAUGACGCAGCAAGUGCAGCAGUUCGCGAUGGUUCAAGGCAACAUCACGCAGCUGCUGGGUCCAGAGAAAAGCGCCGGGUUCAUAGCCAAUUUGCUCUUCUUCAUCAGCGUCGGAAGCAACGAUAUCCCGGACCACCACCAGUACAACCGGACCACUGUGUCCCUGCCGCAGCUGAUGGCGGCCAUGCAGUCUAACUUCACUGUGCAGUUAACUGUAGAUAUCGAAUUAACUCGUGUUGGUCCUUUCCGAUUAACUUCUCUUCAAUCGAGCUUAUGCAGGCGCAAGGAACUUAUACAACUUGGGAGCUUGGAAAUUCGGCAUCAUCGGUGUCCCUCUGCUCGGGUGCCACCCUGCAGCGUGGGUCGAGAACUUGAUGAAGAGCGGGUCGGGUUGCUUGAUAGAGCUGAACGAUUAGGCUCAGGCCUUCUAUUCGGUCUCAGCCCUACUGCCAAAUCUGAGCUCACAGCUCCAAGGGAUGAUAUACUCACUCGGAAAUGCAUAUUACAUGACCUCUACCAUGUUGAAGGACCCCUCCUCCUUUGGCAUCAAGAACAUUGAAAAGGCCUGCUGCGGAAAAGGGUGGCUGAAUGCAGAGAAGGCUUGCUUCAUCAAUUACAACCUGAACCUGUGCCUGAAGCGCAAGGAAUUCUUGUUCUGGGACAUGUACCACCCAAUCGAGUAUGCGUCCAGGCUAGCUGCCUUCGCUCUGUUCAACGAAAACUCGAGUUUCGUCACCCCAAUAAACUUCAGUCAGCUGGCUCAGGCCAGCCCAAUAAAACUUUUGUACUCUUGUAAUUCAACACCAG